AUGCCCAAUGACAUUCUAAACAUAGUCAGCUUUAUUUCACCACCUCGACUGGCAGCUCCAGUUCCGGAGGCGUGGUUUUCAGGAAGCGUCACUCCGGUGGUUCAGGGUGGUGUGACCGCUUCUCCUUGCGGACAAGGAGAUCAGGCUCAGGGUACUCCUAGGGUAGCGAACAACGACUACACGAGGCAAUCGGCCACGAUACAACAUGUACCACAAUCUUCGGCGGCCACUACAGCGGAUAGUUCAAAACACGAGUGCGCAAACGAUGGCUGUUAUUCUCGCAAUGGCCCAGUCGACGCAGAGGCUGACAUCGCGAUCGGAGUCGCUGCCGGACCCGCCAACAUUCACGCUCUCGCAGCCGUGACACGGUGUACCACGGAGACUCGCGAAUCUCCCCGUGAGAUUGCUACGACUCGGGGCGGCAAUGUCUUUGAUGAUAGUCCACGCGGACACCGCAGCAGUGACUCGGAGCGAUCAGCUGUCCAUCGCCACCAGCCGUCUUCAAGGCGGGACGCGAAUGUACACAGACAUCAAACACUCGAGGAGCCACGAGACUCGCGAGCUUUGCGUUCGCGCGAUUAUUACUACCGCGAAAGUGCCGACAUUCACGCAGCAGGACCAAUGAUGACGACGAUUUUGGGCGAGCAUCGCUGA